AUGGAGACCGCCGUCUUCUCCGCCGCCUCCCUCUUCCACGGCGCCGACGACAGCGACGACGACCGAGACGAGAUGCAGGUCAGCGCCGAGGGGAAGAAGCCGGUGGCGUUGGAGUAUGAGGAGAGAGCCCACGACUUCCCUGGCAUGAAACUGAGUGUAAGGGAGUUCUCAUGCCAUGAGCUUAAUGCCAACCUGUUGUGGCCCGGGACAUUUUCAUUUGCUACAUGGCUGGUUAAGAACCAGUCGAUUUUGGAUGGACGACGUGUCCUGGAAUUAGGAAGUGGGACAGGAGCUCUGGCUAUCUUUCUUAGGAAGGCAUUUGAGGUGGACAUUACAACCUCUGAUUACGAUGACAAGGAAAUCGAAGAGAAUAUAGCUUAUAAUUGCAGUGCGAAUACCUUGGAUGUGUUACCUCAUAUCAGACACACAUGGGGACACCCAUUUCCAGUUUCCAGACCAGACUGGGACAUUGUCAUUGCAAGCGAUAUCCUACUCUAUGUUAAGCAGUAUGACAAUCUUAUCAAAACAGUGUCCUUUCUUUUGAAUGAAUACAAGCAGAAUGGUCACAAAGCUGACAGCAUAACCAUCAUGAACAAAUCAGGAACACAAGUACCUGCAAAAUCACCAGUGUUUCUGAUGAGCUGGCGCAGAAGAAUCGGAAAGGACCAAUCACUUUUCUUCAAUGGGUGCGAGAAAGCAGGCCUGGAAGUGCAGCACUUGGGUGAUCUUGUGUACCUCAUCAGCAACAAGAGGUGA